ACGAAUAUGAAGAGAAGAUGGAUGCACUUGUCAGCGAUGCGAACACAUACGAAAGGAUCGAUACGGAUUGGACUAAUAAAAUACAAACACACAACAACAAGCUAGUGAAUAAGCUCUUCGACCAGAAGAUGAUCGAUCAACAAACCAGGUCGAAGUUGGUUUCCUACCACGCGACCUGUCCAAAAAUAUACGGGCUCCCUAAAAUACACAAACCGGACAGUCCACUCAGAGUCAUAUUAUCGUGCAUUAAUUGCCCGACAUAUGAUCUGUCCAAGUACCUUGCAGACAUACUACACCGCUCGAUCGACCACGACAAAUACAAUGUGCAAAAUUCAUAUGAGUUCUGCACAUUCAUAAACAAUAUCAACCUGCCUCCAGGCUAUGUAUUGGUCUCGUUCGAUGUGGUAAGCCUGUUUACGUGUAUUCCACGGGACGUUGCGAUAGAAGCGGUGCGAAAGAACUGGAGUAUGAUCGAGAAAAACACCACAAUAAAGAAUGUCGAAAUGUUCAUAGAACUAAUUAAAUUCAAUCUCUCCUCCAGUUAUUUCGUCCACCGUGGCAACUUCUACUGUCAAAAGUCGGGAACGGCAAUGGGUAACCCAUUGUCUCCGGCUCUUGCAGAUUUAGUGAUGGAAACAUUGCUAGAUCACGUGCUUGAAGGGAUUGAUAUUCCUAUUCCAUUUUUGAAAAAGUACGUCGACGAUUUGAUCACCGCUCUCCCAAUCGACAUGAUUGAACAUGUGAGAAAUGCGCUCAACGAGUUCAACUCACACAUUCAAUUCACGUGUGAAAUGGAAAAUAAUAAUCAGCUGCCGUAUCUUGACAUGCUGCUUAUACGCACAGCGCAGCAAAAAAUCGUCACCGACUGGUACAAAAAACCUGUAGCAUCGGGGCGCAUUUUGAAUUAUUUUUCAUUUCACCCUCUCACACAAAAACUAAACACGGCCACUGGCUUUAUUGGGAGAGUGUUCAAGUUGUCGACGUGCAGAUCAGAAAAUGAGAAAAAAGAGUUGGUCCGGGAUUAUCUGCUAAACAACAACUACUCAAGUUCAUUGAUAAAUCGGUUGAUAAACCGAUAUAUCAACAAGAACACAAACACACAUGAGAGUAACAGCAGUACACAUCCCGAACCAAAAAUGUAUCGAUCUCUUCACCACGUAGAGAAGCUCACGCCGGCUCUCGCAAAAGUCAUCAAUAGAAACUUCCCCAACGUUCAACUGGGCUUCAAAUGCGUCAAAACAAACAGACUGUUGUUUUCGAAGCUCAAAGAUGCAACGCCGCAGUUGGAGAAGAGAAAUGUGAUUUACCGCAUUCCCUGCGCCGAUUGCGACUGCGCAUACAUUGGGCUGACUACGCAACAGUUGAAAAACCGUCUCUCUGGGCAUCGGUCUCUCAUUAACCGAUACGCAGAUUUGAAAUCUUCCGACCCGAACAGAGCGACGGAGAGGGAGGAAGAAUUCAAAAAGACGGCGUUGAUGGUCCAUGUGAUUGAAAACGAACACCGAUUCGAUUUACCUGGUACUAAAAUUCUAGAACAGGACAAUCGUUUGAACGCACUUCAAGUUCUUGAAAUGUGUCACAUUUUUUGUGACACCAAAACGGUUAACUAUAGAACCGACACAAGUAAUUUAAGUGUUGUUUACUCGGGUCUUCUGCACUCAAUCACGAACGGACAAAGAUAGCAGAACAUCGUCACAGCACGCUGUGAUUCUCUGUUUCUGUUAAUGUUUCCGUCCUUUAUGUUCCAUCUUUUCGUUUGACGUCUCCACUCAUAGACAUUUUAAUUCAAACCUGUUUAGAUGUGCCUAGGUGAAAGCUGUGUAAGUUUGUGCUCCGUCCAAUGUUUUAAUUAUUGUAAAAACGAAUCAAGUCAUUAUGUCCGAAAUUUGUAUGUAUAAUUACAGUGUAAUGUUGUUAGCCGUUCCAUCAGUCCAUGUCCAAACCCACUUGACCUAAAAACAACUUUUGAUUUUGCCCUGAAGAUGAGUGAAUAAACGCUCGAAACGUCGGCUUUAAUUAAAACAGUUGUUUUAUAAGCAACCCGAGGACCGAAAAUACGCCAGCAAUCGCUAUCAAAAA